CGGUUAUGGGUAGCUUUCAUUUGAACGAUUUGAUUCCAUGGUUUUCUGUUUCUCUUCUCAUUGAGUCAGUUGAGAAGAAGAAAUCGAAAGCCAGAGACAAUGAGAAGCUUUGAAGGAGCUCUGGAAUUUCUUAGGCCUUUAGUGGAGAUCAAACUUUGGGAUUACUGCAUUGUUUGGAAAUCAAGAGAUGAUGAUUCUUUGAGGUUUAUUGAUUGGGUUGGUUGCUGCUGUAGCGGUGGAGUUUCUGAUGCCGGUGGGAAGGAGGAAGCCGGAGAGACAAUACCAGCUGCGCUUUGUAAGGAUACUCGAUUUCGACAUUUUAGAAGGACAAAUGCUUGCCAAGCACUUGCUCAGUUUCCUUCUUCAAUAUCAUUAAACACUGGGGUUCAUGGGGAUGUUUUGAUUUCUAAUCAACCCAUGUGGCUAACAAGUGGUGAAGCUUCUUAUUUUUCGAGUUUUUCACAUGAGUUGACUGGGACUCGAGUUCUUAUUCCAGUUUCUGGUGGAAUUGUGGAGCUUUUUGCUACAAAACGUAUGCCAAGAGAGGGAGAGGUUAUAGACUUUGUAAUGGCUCACUGUAACAUCUCUCUGGAGCAAGAAUUUGAAACAGAGAGUGCAUUAUUGGAUGCUGGCCUCAAUGAGAAGAUACUUAGUUCAUCUACCAAAUACUAUUCACUAAACUGGCCUGAUCCUCAGCCCUUCCUUGGUUUCAAAUCCAAAUUAGAAAUUCUUCCUUCAGUAUCUCAGUCCAGCUCCUUUCCUGGCUGUGGUGAAGGAUCAUCCAGUGGCUCAAAGCCUUCACCUGGACUUUUCAACCAACCAAUUCAUACGUCUUUUGAAUCGAAAGCGGCGACGCACCGAGAAGAGUUGCUAGAACAACAGAAGAAUGUGGUUUCGGAUCAUUCGAAGAUCUUGCAGAAAGAUGAAGCCAAAACUGGAGAGAAACAAGAAAAGGAAGUUUACAAAUCCAAGAAUCUCAUGACAGAGAGGAGGAGAAGAAACAAGAUUCGUGAUCGUCUUUACACUCUACGUGCUUUAGUUCCUAAUAUAUCCAAGAUGGAUAGAGCAUCAAUCAUUGUGGAUGCUAUCGGCUAUAUAAGAGAGUUGGAAGAGAAUGUGAAAAGCCUCCAGAAUGAACUCAUUCAAUUGGAGCACAAGGAUUGUCAAAAGAACAAACACUUGAAGAUUUCUCCAUUAGAGAAGACAAACGAUGACAUUAAUAGCUGGUCUUUCGUUCAGGAUGAUCAACCUAUGUUUAUCCUCAAUGAGGAGAAGCCUGUGGAGGUGGAAGUCGAAGUGAUGCGAAUUAAUGAAAGAGAUUUCUUAAUCAAGCUAUUCUGCAAGCGGAAACAAGGCGGCGUAGUGAGCUCGAUUGAGGCGAUGUAUUCAUUAGGCUUGCAGGUUAUUGAUGUCAAUAUUACAACCUUUGGGGGUAUGGUCCUCAACAUUUUCCAUGUUGAGGCUAAUGAAAAUGACAUUCAACCAAAGAGAUUGAGAGACUCUCUGAUGAAGCUAACAAGCUGAGAAAUCAGGCAAUUAGGAUAGGCUGUAGAAAGGGAGAGUGUUUAUAACCGUGACUCGACGAUAUCGAUGUGGAAAGGGCAAUGGAUUGUUGUCCAAAAGUUGAGCUGUACAAUCGCCUGCAUCAGUGACAUUAAUCUACUCGAGCUAGGAAACUUGCUAUUUCAUAAAA